AUGGCCAAUACGGUCGCUGGCAGUCAGCCGAAUCAUGGACGACGACUGUCGAUAACCACAUUGGGACUCUCUGGCUCCCCAACCCAAACUUCUCCCUUUGGGCCUCGACACAUCCGUCAUGGAAGUAUCUCUAGUUCCGUGGGAUCCAAUUCGGCAAACCCAGAGGAAGCCGUUGUGGAAGACAACGAAAAUGGACCUCCCAAUGCCACCCCUAGCUCUCCUUUCACUCGACGUCUCUCCUUUGGUGCGCAGGCAUUGCGUGAUGCCCGUGGAGGAAGCAUUGGUAAUGGCGAAGGCUUCAACUGGUCUGAGGCCUUGCGGACUCGGGCCGAGCGAGCGCCGUCUUUGGGCGUUGUAUCGCCUAAUUCACCUCAAAACCAGCAUGCAGUCAAUAUGGGCAACCAGAAUCACCAUCAGAGGGCUGCUUCGAUUGCCUCAAUGGAGCAGCCAGCUCGAGAGAUGCCAAAACAGCCCAAGCAAAAUAAGCCUGAUUUCUUUCAGGAAAAGAUCCUUCGGGGUGAUUUCAUGGACUGA